AUCUUUAACUUGGGCUGCUGCUUACGUGAUGUAGACCACUUGAUAAAGAAACUGUAGCUUACAGCGUGUGGCGCGACGCUCUUUGGUUCUGGCUGAACGAUUAAUCGAUAUCAGAAUGUGCAGGUUGUAAAGGCUGAAGUUUAGGAUGUUCAUUUUGUGUUGUCUGGCCCAGAGCUGAUCAUUUCUUCAUGAUGUGAAUCAUGUUGAAUGUACAAUACUGAGCUGUGAAUCAGCUGUUCAGUGUUGAUGUGACGGUCCUGUUGGGAAUAUUUAAUUAAUUUAGCUCAGUCUUCGCUAAUAAAAAAGAACAAAUACACGUUUGAAGGAGACCAGAGGGAGCAGAACAUUCUGCCUUCAGACCACUAAACAAAAUGAUGGAGUUACCGAACUACAGCAGCCAGCUGAUGCAGCAGCUGUGGGCGCUGAAGAAAGAGGGCCACUUCUGUGACUGCACCAUCCUGGUGGGAGACAGCAGUCACCGUGCUCACAAACUCGUGCUGGCUGCCUCCAGCCUGCUCUUCAGGUCUCUCCUGGAAGGCUCUGACACCAUCUCCAUUGACACCACUGUGGUUUCCUCGCAGGAGUUUGGCUGUCUCCUGGACAUGGUCUACACCGGCAAGCUGCCCCUGGGCAAACACAACGUCAGCCGUAUUGUAACUGCUGCAGACAGUCUCCAGAUGUUUGAUGUAGCCGUGGGCUUUAAAAACGUCCUCACCAGCUUAGUGACUCAGACACGCCCAGUCCCUGUACAUUCUAUGCAAACCCCAACCCUCACGAAGAUCAACAAAGCCCAGAGCGUUCACCCUGAAGGUUUAGCCUCAACCAGCAAGAAUGGUUCACUUUCAGACAACAUGGAGAUUAGGGCUGAACCAACGAAGGAACACUGUAAGAGUGAAGGAGAUGACACAAAGGAACCAGCAUGCAAAAGACCCUGUGUGGAGCUCUCUGACUCCUCAGGGUCUGAAGAAGCCAAACGCUCAGAAAGUGCAGCAGAAGAAAACAGCUUGCAGGCAGUGGAGCUAUCCAGAGAGCCUGCUCUUCUAAAACGUUCCUCUGAGCUGGUAGAGCUUCUCACCACCGUGUCAUCUGUCGUGGAGCUGCUGAGCCAGGCAGCAAAGUGCAGCCUGGAUGAACAGGAGAGAGAGGUUGUGCUUCAGUGCUGUGAGGAGGCACAUCCCAGCAAAGUGUUGGAAAAGCUGAUGAGUAAAGUGAAGGACAGACUGAUCAGUGAGGGAGCUAUUCUCAAGCUCCUCCGUACCGUUGAGCAGAAAACUUUAUCCUCCUUCCCCUCACCACUGCUCUCUCUGCUGGAGGAGGUGGAGAGGAACACACAGCAGGCCGAUGAAAGCCCACCUACAGAGAAUGGUACCACAAGUGAAGAAAAACAGAAGGAAGAGGUGGACGAUAAAAUCAGUAAGGAGGAGACUGAAGAGGAGAAAGAUUCAAAUGCUACACCAGAGUCUUCGUCCCCUCCCCCCUCCUCUUCCCCUUCCUCCUACAACAAGCCCUUUACCUGUCACUGGUGUAAGAAGAGUUUUGAUUACAAGUGUCGAAUGCUGGCCCACACCAAGCGCUGCUCCAUGUCUCAGGAGUGUGAGCAGCAGUGCCCCGAAUGCCCUGAGAAACUGGCCAACCAGCGGGCUCUCCAGCGCCACCGGGCUGAGGUUCACCGUAACACCGGACGGGUCAAGAAGAAAGUGGCAUGUGACCUCUGUGGACGCACCUUCGCCCACCCAUCAGGUAUGAUUUACCACAAACGGACAGAGCACUUUGAAGAGAAGCCCUUUGCUUGUGAGGAAUGCGGCGCCAAGUUUGGUGCCAACUCAUCUCUAAAGAAUCACAUGCGGCUGCACACAGGAGAGAAACCUUACCGCUGCAAACACUGCGACAUGAGCUUCAGUGUGGCUGCUGCACUAGCAUACCACACCAAGAAGAAACAUUCUGAGGGGAAGAUGUAUGUCUGUCAGUACUGUAAGGCUGUCUUCGCCCAGUCCAUAGAGCUGACACGUCAUGUGCGAACACACACUGGUGACCGGCCUUAUGUGUGUCGGGAAUGUGGCAAAGGCUACAGCCAGGCCAGUGGACUCACUGUCCACCUGCACACCUUUCACAACUUGUCGGAGCCCCACGACUGUCAGAAGUGUUGUCUCAGCUUCUCCUCGCUGGAGGAGCACCGGCAGCACAUCCAGGAGUUCCACCCAAAGGAGUUCCACAAGUGUCCCACCUGCAACAAAGUGUUCACCAGCACCGCACUGCUGGAUAAACACAAGGCCACACACACUGGCAGCAAGCCGUUCAGCUGCGAGCUCUGCAACAAGUCCUACCAGCAACUGUCAGGCCUGUGGUACCACAACAGGACCAACCAUCCUGAUGUGUUUGCUAGUCACACCCGGCAGCUCAAGACCCUGGUCCAGUGUGACGUCUGCUUUAAGUUCUUCCCCAGUGCUGCCAGUGUGGCCAAACACCAAGCUGCUGAGCAUCAAGGCUCCGAGGCGACGGCGGUGCGUUGCGUGUACUGUAAGGCUGUGCUGGGCGGGGAUGAGGAAAUGCAGGAGCACAUCUGCAGUCAGCACAUCAGUCAGGACAGCGAGGCGUUCAGCUGCUCCCUCUGCUCCCUGGUCUGCAGCGCCCAGCUGGAGCUGCAGGAGCACCUGCUCUCCUGCCACAUUGAGACCCAGCAGGAGCAGGAGAGCAGAGAGGAGGAGCAGGCCUCCACCUCCUACACGGUGAUUGCAGCAGAUCCGACAGGGGGCAGAAAGGAAGGGACAUCGAACCUGCCUGAGCAGCAGAGGCAGCUGGGAGCCGGCCAGCAGGUGUUUGUAGCUCUAGCAGGAGGAAGAGAGGGCAGAUCAUCAGCGGAGCUGGUGGAGGUGAACAUGUACGACCUGCUGAACAGCUCCGUCACCUUCAUCUGCGAGGACAAACCAUCAGGUCCCAACUCUUAACUGAGAUCUUUGGACCCUAGAGGGCCAUGCAAGACACUGAGCAGUUUUAUUUUAAUCAUCAGUAUCACUGAGCCAGGGGCCUUUAGUGUUGCAGGUCUCUGGAGUUGUUGUUCCACUUUAAAUGUGAUCACUGUGUUUUAAUGAUAAAAGUUCCACUAGCCAUUUAUUGAACAUUCAACUACGACUGAACAAACUCCAUGCACUGGAAAAGACUCUUAGUGCUAAUAAUGUAUUCAUUAUAGGAUAAGAUUCAACAAAAGAUCAAAAAACGUCAGCCAAUCAUUUCUGACAUCCGUCGCCCGUCUGUGGCCCUCAGCACUGAAACCACUGAGUCCUACUGACCACACAGAUCUUUAAAAGUAGGUCACAAAUGUAGUUUCACUCUUUGAAAAAGCAGAAGGAUGAUGUCAAAAUAAAUUGUAUUUUUAAUAGUU